AAUAGAAUCAAGCUCUCUCUCCUUUUUCCUUGUUUAUUUUUCUUUCAAGUUUUUCCCCUCCCAUGGCUAUGCUGUAACUUUUCCACCAACUUCAGGCUUGCACUCCUUCAGUUAGAGCUUAACCUGGGACUCCUUCCCCUGUCACCUGAGCACUGGGGACAAUGUCAGUGGAUAGUGGCUUCCAAAUGUCUAGAAACACUGUUGCUGAGCUGUAAGGUAUAACUGUCGACAGCCCCUCUACCAAAGUCCAUGUCAGAGCCAUCUGUGGAAAGCCAAAUAUGUUUUCCUUUGGGCAGUUGCCAUGUGUCUAAAUGCUUUAUGGCUUUUCACUUUACUAAUUAACCUGAGGAUUUAAUACUAAACACAUUGUGCUGUAUUUUACCUAACACCCUUUGAAGUGGCAGGAGCGGGUUGGGUGCCCACGUGUCAACCUGUGGGACUGGUGGUGUGGAGCAGCUCCCCCAUGACCCCCAGAGCAGGGACUGCCCCCAGUGAAGGCGUUGCUGGCACCACCGUGUGCCAGGUGGAACCUUUAUAAGUGAUGGUACCGCUCAGGAACUUUGGCCCCAGAAGGGAAGACUGCGGCAGGGUGGGAACCACCGGAAUGGAGCAUGUGGAGGGAGUCAAGUGGAUGAAGAUGAGACGCCAUAAACUCUUUCUGACUCUCUGCAUGGCUGGUCUCUGCCUCAUCUCCUUCUUGCACUUCCUCAAGGCCCUGUCCUAUGUCACCUUCCCCAGGGAGCUGGCUUCACUUAGUCCCAACCUCGUCUCCAGCUUCUUCUGGAACAAUGCCCCCGUCACGCCUCAGGUCAGCCCUGAGCCCGGGGGUGCAGAGUUCCUCCGCACACCCCUGUACUCCCACUCCCCCUUGCUCCAGCCCCUGUCUCCCAGCAGAGCCAGCGAAGAGCUGCACAAGGCUGAGUUCGCGCUGCCAGAAGACUCGACGGAAUACUUUGUCCGUACCAAAGCUGGCGGCGUUUGCUUUAAACCAGGCACCAAGGUGUUGGAGAAGCCCCCCGUGGGAGGCCGGCAGGAGGAGCGGGCGGAUGGCGCAGCCUCGGGGCGGCCGGCUCGGAAGCCGCUGAGCGCUGGCGGAACCAAGCGGCGCAAGUGGGUGGAAUGUGUGUGUCUGCCGGGCUGGCACGGCCCCAGCUGCGGGGUCCCCACCGUGGUCCAGUACUCCAACCUUCCCACCAAGGACCGCCUCGUGCCGCGAGAGGUCCCUCGGCGGGUCAUCAACGCCAUCAACGUCAACCACGAGUUUGACCUGCUGGAUGUCCGCUUCCAUGAGCUGGGAGAUGUGGUGGAUGCUUUCGUGGUGUGCGAGUCCAACUUCACAGCCUACGGAGAGCCGCGGCCCCUCAAGUUCCGCGAGAUGCUCCUCAACGGCUCCUUCGACUACAUCCGCCACAAGGUGCUCUACGUUUUCCUGGACCACUUCCCCCCCGGCGGCCGCCAGGACGGCUGGAUUGCUGACGAUUACCUGCGAACCUUCCUCACCCGGGAUGGCGUCUCUCGCCUCCGCAACCUGCGCCCGGAUGACGUCUUCAUCAUCGAUGAUGCUGAUGAGAUCCCGGCCCGUGAUGGCGUGCUCUUCCUCAAGCUCUACGAUGGCUGGACGGAGCCCUUCGCCUUUCACAUGCGCAAGUCGCUCUAUGGCUUCUUCUGGAAGCAACCAGGCACCUUGGAGGUGGUCUCGGGCUGCACCAUGGGGAUGCUCCAGGCUGUCUACGCUACCGACGGGAUACGUUUGCGACGCCGUGACUACUACACCAUGCCGGGGUUUCGGCAGUAUGAGAACAGCACGGGACACAUCCUGGUGCAGUGGUCACUGGGCAGCCCCCUCCACUUUGCUGGCUGGCACUGCUCCUGGUGUUUCACCCCAGAGGGGAUCUACUUCAAACUGGUGUCAGCCCAGAACGGGGACUUUCCCCGCUGGGGUGACUAUGAGGAUAAACGAGACCUCAAUUAUAUCCGGGAGCUGAUCCGGACUGGUGGCUGGUUUGAUGGUACUAUGCAGGAGUAUCCCCCUGCUGACCCCAAGGAGCAGAUGUAUGCUCCCAAGUACCUGCUCAAGAACUACCAGCGGUUCCGCUACUUGUUGGAGAACCCCUACCGAAAGGUGGAGGGCGCUGGGUGAGGCCACCGAGGCUCAGGCUCGGGUAGGAAAUCAGAACUUCACAACAAAGGGAAAGAGUCAGGUGUUUUUGUCUGUUCCUUUUCUUUUGUUUCCUUUGUUUAUGGGCAGGGUGUGCCAUUUUUCUGGGGUCUCCUCCCUCCCUCCCUCCCUCGCUUCCUGUUCUUCCCUUCAUCCCAGGGUGAUGCCUGGGAACCCAAAUUCCUGUCACAUGAAGGGAGGCCUGGACAGGAGGAAGGGAGAUGUUGAGGACCUCUUCUGUAGUAGCAUAAAGACUUCCUUGCAUCUUCUGAACCUCUCCUGCUGGCUGCAGAGAAUCUCUGCAGCCAGCUGGCUGAUGUUCCUCUGGGGGAGGCUGAGAGGGUCCCAUGGGGAGAGAAGGCAGCUGUUCCCAUCCACUCUCAUCCUUUGUGGAUUGGAGCAAGUAUAGAUGCAAGCCUGGGCUAUUCAGUGAGUGUGUGAGUCAGCAGGCACAAACUCUUGUGAGUGGUUGCGUGUGCAGAUGUGUGUCACUGGCAUUUUUUGGAUGAGUGAAUGUGCACAAGCAUCUCAGUAUGCUGCUUUUUUUUUUUUUUUUUAAUACCUCUAUAUUCAAAGGGUAUUUUGGGGAAGAGCAAUCCUUUGCUUCCAGGGUGUCCUUCUCAAGAUGCAGCCCCUUGCACAGACUUAAUGCAUUCUAUCCUGGGCUGGAUCUUGCCCCAGUACUAUACCAAUCCUGGAGCAGAGAGAUAGGAGCCAGAGGGGAAAGCUGGGUUUUGAAGGUUUUUUGUGUUCAUUUUUCCCCCCUGCCUCCACAACACUGCAUGGACUUGUCCUAGAGAAGCCAAAGCAUCUUCCUUGCAGUACAUGUUUCUGUUGGGGCUGGGAUAAGCUGCAGGGGACGCAGUCAGAUGGUGGGAGUGUAUGUUUGCAAGUGCAUGGUUGCCUGUGUGCAUGAGUGCUCACGUGCAUGGAUUUUGUGUGCACCUUGCUGUUCGUUACCAGUAUUGGGGGAGGGAAGAGGGCAUAGUGGGGCUUGGCUGUGUGUACUUUCAGAAAACGUUGGGAUCUAGAAGCUGUGAUCUCAGUGUUGGCAUGGAUGACUUCUUGGGCAAUUCAGAGGUGAGGACCAGAGCAGGCACAGCAUCGGCUCUGCAUAGCAAGGCUACACAUGUGGGACUGUUCAAUGCUUCUCUGGCUGCCUCUAGAGCCCUGCAGGCUGUGCCUGUAGCAGGGCUGCUGCUUGCACAUGCUGGCUACUCCUUCUUACUUACCGUGGGGUAAUAAAAGGGAGAAGAUGAAGGGCAAAGUUCUGAUUGUGGGCAAACAAAGCCUAUCAAGGCGCAGGAUCUGUCUGUCUGCACUUAGGGUGUGAGGGAGCUCAUGAAGAAAUGGGCCAUGGGCAGCUUCUCCCUGGGACCAGUAGACUGUUUUAGGACUACUGUGCAAUCCAGAGUGUGUUCAGCCCACAUCUGCAGCCUGGGCCAUGCACACAAGACCAUGGAGAGGGCAAGGGAUUUAGGAGGGUGCUAGUUGCAGCUGUUUGGGCUUGUGUCUGCUCAGGCAUGAGCAGUGAGGAUCUGGUCUGCUGUUGUAUUGGAUUGUUCAGCUCACUGUGGAGGCAAAUUCUUGUCUCCACCCUUACCACUACCCUCCCUUAGCAGAUGGCUUGACAAGGUGCCCAGAGCCUGGGUCGCAGUGGGCAGAGGGUGAAAAACAUAAUGAACUUGCUCUCUUAGCCUUUCAGUGGAAAGACUGACUCAUGUUCCAAACAAAUCUUAUGGAGGAGAAUAAAGAGAAAGGCAUUGGCACAAAGAAGUGUGACACUUCUGGCCAGCUGUUCUAAAGCAGGAGGGCUUUCAUUGCCCUUAAUUCCAUCAGGGCUCCAUGGUCCUGUGUUUCCCAGCACGUGCCACCCUUGUGCUUCAUUCCUACCUAUGUCUCUCUCUCUCUUUUUUCCUCCUAGUCCCCUCUCUAGAGAAGAGAAAAUUGUCAACAAAAAUCACUUGCUUACCUAAUAAGGUUGAGACUGGAAUAGAAAGAGGAUGAAUGUCUUUUUCUGAUCAAAUUGAGAUGCAGUUCACCUUAGCUCCUUCCACAUGUUGUAUGCCAUAAUGCCUGCUUAGAAGAACUGAAGGAACCUCUUUUUUGUUAUUAUUUUUAGUUUCAUUAAAAUCACUGUUCUCAGUUUUGUUGUAUGUUCCCCACAGGCAGAGAAAGCCCCUUUGGGAACUGGGUAGACAAACUUUGCUUGGCAGAAUGCUCUUCCACCAAAGGGAAGUUGUUGCUUUUUUAAGUCCAGACUUACUGAUGUAGCAGAAGGAACUCCUGUCACAGUUGUGGAGUUCUGGUACUGAGCAACUGUGUGGAGGUCUUAGGUGUAGGGAGAUUAUAGAGAGAUGAGGUCCCAGCUGAGAAAGGAGGAGCCUGUACUGAGCAGGAUAAAAGCCAUAGCACUGAGGAUACAGCACAGGGGGAAGAUGCUUUCCCCAGGGGCAGCUGGAGGAGAGCACGUGUGUCAGCUCAUGCAAUUCAACAGCAGAAAAGUAUGGAAGGAAGAAGCCAUUCCUCAUUUUUACUCUGAGAAGGGAGCCUGAGAUCCACUCUUGGACAUUUUGGCUUUGCCUUGUCUCAGUGAUAAUACAAGGCCAGUGCCAGGCUUUGCUGGAGACAGAGGAGAAAGACAAGCUAGUCUUUGUGUGGGUGCUUUGGUAGCACCAGAGCCCCACUUCAGGUGAGCUGAAGUUCCCGUGUGCUGGAGCUGCACCCCCUUACCUCCCACAGUGGGAGCAGCCUCUCCUCCAAUAUCAGCCCUUCCCAUUCAUGGCCAUCCUUGGGGAUUUUUAGUGCACAGCAGUCAUAUUUUCAGUGUUGAGGUACACCCUUUGUUUGGGAGUUUGAUAAGCCCACAGCUGCAGUAUCUGCUUCUCCUUUUCCUGAAGUACAGCCUGUUGCCUUCUCUCCUCCAUUAUUUGCUCCAUCGUUCUCCUCCCUCUGAUUUGUCUCUUACUUCUGCUCCCUUGGGCUGGAGAAGGUGUUCCUGGAAUAGGAAUGCUGGGGUUCUUCUACAGAACUCCUGCCCUGCCUGCCUCCUGGAUUUACUCAUUUCCUUAUUCUUAGGAAAUUAAAUUUAAACUAGACUUCUGUUGUAGUGGGAGGAAGGGGCUUUGCAGAUGAAAUGCAUUCUUUGUUUCUCUUUCUCAAGAAUUGUUUAAACAUUUUUUGAUUUAAGGCCAAACCAGUCAAUGUUUCUGUCUAAUUUGUCUGGCUAACCCUGUGUUUAUUAUCCUUAGGGAGCUAGAGUGCUUGUCAUUAAAAAUCUUCCUUCUUGUCCCUGGAGGGAACAGACACUACUAAGCUGGCUUUCACACAGUGAUUUUCCAAGGUGGUGGCUUACCCUCUGCUCAGCCUUGCCUGUGCUGCCUGCUGGGACCUCUGCAGCCAGCUCCUGGUGGCACAGCCACCCGUCCAGGCAACUGCCACAAGAGGGAAGUCAGAACUAUGUAGGUGUGUGAGGUGGUGAGAAAGGCAAAGCAGGAGGCAGGUUUGUGUCAGAUCCUUGUUUCCCAGUGCUGGACUCUGAGGUGAGCACUAAAGCUCCUUCCUCUUAUCUGAACCAGUUUCUGAGAUUUGAGAAGGGAAGGACCAGGAACAUUGUCCUGGCACUGGGAUGGAGCUGGGAUCAAACUACCAGAGCCUGAUGUCUGUGGGUUGUUGCAGCCCACAGACAGUGGGCAGUGAAUCCUGCUGUGUCUCUUGGACCAAACUGUCCAAUGGAUGGAGGGAAUGCAUCACCAGCCUUUUCCUGCAGCCCUCUUCAGCCUUGUGCUUUUUCAUUCCAAACACCUUUUUUACCUUCAAAUGGUAAAAAGGGGGGCCAGGAAACAGGUGAAGCAGUGUGUGGCACACCCAAGCCUUGCACUUCUUUCUGUCUGUCUCUUGUUGUCUUUCUUUGUGUUUCCCGCCUAGAAAGACAUGGUGGCCCUGUGCAUGGCUUUGGACUGGAGAACACCUCUUCCUCUUUUGCCCCAAGUGAAAGGAAGGACAUGGGCUUUGGUGGACCUGCAGCAGGUGAGCUUGCUAAAGCAGAGUAGGGCAGGUUAGACAUAUUUGCCCAUCUGGGGGUAUUGCCACACCCAAGUGACAGAAAAGACACGGUGACUUUGUGCCUGUGGUUGGUAUGAAGGAUGACUUGCUCAAGCCUGCUAUUGUUUUCUCUGAUCCCUGUGUCCUGCUGAGAUGUUUGUUGUUGUGCUGCCCAGGCCAGCCUACUCUGUGUCUCUGUGACAGGUAACAAGGAAGCUGAGUUGGCAUGGAGGGAGAGUGUCGGAGCAGAAUGGGUGUUCAUUCCCCUCUGCCUGCCUUGCUCUUUCCUUGUGGGAUGGUGUCUCUUCCCCUCCUCAGUAUCCCCAGGGCCCUCUUGCUGUGUCCCAGCUCCUGCUGGCAAUCUCUGUGGCUGCUAUGCCUCUGCACUGUGAAUUCAUGGGUCCAGGGUCACUCCUGGUUCCAAUAGUGAACACUGAUAGUGAAGAGGGAAGGGAUGGCUCGUCCUGGCUUCACUGAUCUCUAACCUUGGUGAGAAAGGAGGGAAGUGAGUGGGAGAAUGGAUCCUGUAUCCCUCCAUCAUUGUGUUCUCCCUACCCUCCCUAAACCCCUCCUUUCUGAUUUCUGAGAUGUUGGACAAACUCACUCCUGUUGGGGAAAGGGAAGGGGAGCUGGAGGGCAAGGGGAGUGGCAGGAGGGGCUCAGAUCCAGCAUUGAGAAAGAAGAACUGUUUCUAAUGCAAUACACUGACAUUUUAAAGCUUUGGGCACUACAGGUAAUGGAUUAAGAAGGGAUCUGAAAUACUCUGAGACUAGGAAUUCAAACCACUGUUUUUUCCUGCCUGUGUGGAUGAUGAUGCAGUAUCAUCCUGGAGGUGGUCCAGCAGCACUUCUGAGCCUGGGGUCCACCUGGACCUACUGCUGGUGUUGCUCCUGGAGGAGCUCCAGGACACCCUGCUUUGGAAAAAGAAUGCGUGGACUUGCCAAAAACUAAAAAGAAAAGAAAAAAUAAGAGCACCUGCAAAGCUCCUUUCAACUCUGUAAUUUAUAAACAGCAAGUAAUAAUGAACUUUUUGUAAGGAUAAAUCAAAUGUACAUUCUGAAAUCAUUUUCUCUGUAAAUGGUUGGAUUUCAUUUCACCCUUAAAGGGAUGCUUAAAAGGAGGAGAUAAGAAUAAAAAUUUAAAAAAAUUUACAAAGUAUGAAAGGAAA